CAUGGAGAACGUAUAUUCACUAGUCACAUUCGAAGCCUGGCUGUAUAAAUAUGCAGCCGUAGCCACUUAAAAAAAACAUUGCGUAUUUAUCUAAAUUUCGCGCCAUUGUAUCAUGACGAAGGACACGUGUUAGCAUGAGUUAAUUUGAAAAAUGUUCACGGAUUGUUCUGUCAUUGUUUGCUAAAUAGGGAAAUAACAGAUGCCAAUGGCAAGGAACAUUUGAUUCUUGAAUAAUGGCAGUCGUAUAGAUUUUAUCGAAGAUGAUUUUUUAAAAAUGUGUAAUGUGCGUGUCUUCUUUAUGUGUUUUAUUCUUAAUCUAUGUGUGAAAUGUGACGACCCACGAGCGGAAAUAGGAUAUCCGAAAGGCCUGAUGUCAGUAUGCCCCGGUUCAACAAAACCGGCGUCCAUACCUCGCAGCCAGUUGAGGUACCUCCACUUCGUAGUUCAAGGGAAUGGGAGUCGACAGAAAUACACCUACUGGACGGCCAAAAACAUUGCGAAGGAUCCUCGUAUUGAUUUCCAAAGAAAGACUAUAGUGGUAGCUAUCGGUUAUUUGGACAGUACAAACUUUCCAAUAUCAUCUCUGCUGACCAAUGAGUACAUAGCAAGGGGAUACAAUGUAAUACUUAUCGAUAACCAAAGAUUCGCUACAGUACAUUAUUUUCUAGCCACGCGCCUUAUGCGGCCAGUAGGCAAACACGUCGCAGAGGUUCUAGUGGAACUAUCAAAAUUUGGCCUAGAUCCUUCCAAAUUAGAACUCCUAGGCUUUAGUCUGGGAGGUCAAACUGUAAGCUACAUAGCUAGAAACUACCAACAGUUCACGGGAAGAAACAUAUCCCGAAUAACCGCUUUGGAACCCGCUGGUCCAUGUUUUAGGACCUUAAAAUCGACAGAACGACUUGACGCAUCGAACGCAGAUUUCGUCCAAGUUAUUCACACUAAUAUAGAUGGUUAUGGUAUGGCGAAUAGAAUGGGGCAUGUAGAUUUUUACGUCAAUGGUGGAGAAUUCCAACCGGCUGAUAUAAACUUCUUUCCGUGUACCGCAACUUGCAGUCAUUUCAGAGUUUUGGCCCUCUGGGCUAUGGCAAUGAAGAAUCCAACAAAGUUUAUAGCUAUAAAAUGUAAAAAUAUCCAAGAAGCUAGGGAUGAAAAGUGCUAUGAUAAAGUACCUUUGGUGACUAACGUCAUGGGCCCCGAGAUAGAUUUAAAUAAGCAGGGUGUAUUUUAUUUAGCUACAAGUAAAAGCUACCCAUUUUAUCUUGGUGAAGAUGGAGUUAAGCCGGAAUUCGCUGCGUGGAAAAGCAUCAGCAAUAUUAAUGAGGGGAAUGAUACGGAAAUAUAUACGUAGUUUGAUCAUUUA